GCCAUUUCCAUUGUGCGUCCUUAAGCUAUAGCGAAGCUCUGCCCAAUUUCUGGAGAGAGAAAGUAAUCCCUUCGAUCAAAAGCAACUUUCGAGGUCAGUUCUUCUUCAGUUCUUCGAAUUCCUUAGCAUACUUUGCCUUUUCCCCCAUUUGAUUUAGUGUUAGCGAAUUUUUGGGGGCCUCUGGUUUAGAGCAUUAAGUAGCCUUCUUCCCUUAAACCCUUCAACUCCUCUUCGGUAAAAUGUCAACCCAAAGCGAUUCUCAAGAUAUCUCGAGGGAGCCCUCGGUGCAACAAGAGGGCUAUUCGGACGUGGAGUCCUCGACUGAGACCUCCUCGGGCAAAUCUGAUUCCGCAGUGGCGCUGGAAGUCCAAGAUAAUCUCAGGACUGAGGCCGAAGCCGAAGACUUUGAGCAAGUCGUUGAAGACGAAGAACUUGCCCUCGCCCUCCAAGUGGCCGAGGAGGAGGAGGAAAAGGAGCGGAUGAAGGUGACCGUCGCCGCACUCCCUCUUCGUGGCGCCGGUGAAGCUAGUAGCUCCCGGCCCCUGGACCCGGAACCUAUAAGUGUCGCCCCCGGGAAAAAGAAGAAGAAGAUCCUGGCGGCCCCGAAGAAAAAGCAGGCUGCCAUUGACGCGGGUCAACCGGUGGGAAUACCCGAGGGCCAUUCGUAUCUGAACACAGCGGCCCUUGCGCUGAAGACGAAGGCCACAGCCUCCGACUAUCAGGCCACUCAGGUCCUCGUAGGACCCUCCGCACAAGUAGUUGAACCGGGGCCAAAUGAUUUGCUGCUGAAUCCUCCGGAAGGGUGCUUCUCAGUGCAUAUACUUUCCGUGGAUCUAGGCCUUCGAUUUCCGUUCCACCCCUUUCUGCUGGAGUAUCUCAAGUUCGUGGGACUGGCCCCCUGCCAACUUACCCCCAAUAGCCAUUCAUAUAUUAGCGGGUUCCUGUCGCAGUGCCGAAGCCGGGAGGUGGAGCCGACGUUGGACCAAUUCUUCCUGAGCUUCAACUUGUGCCGAGGGGGGCAUGCUAACAGCGAAGGGUUCGCCAACCUCCAGCAGGUGCCUGAAUGGAGGAUUUUUUCUGAGGUGCCCUCGUCACAUAAGGGUUGGAAAGAGAAGUUUUGCUAUCUCCGUAUGGCCGCUAAUCCUUUCCCGGAGCCUCUCCGCCAUCACUUCCGAAGACAUUUAAGGGUCCGGAAUGCCUCCCUUGAUAAAAAUGGCAAAAAGCUGGCGGCGAAGCCGACGGGAUCGGAUAAGCUGAUGUCUAUUAAGGCGGCCACCCUUCCGGAAGAGAUGUACAAGCUGGGAUUUCGUCGGUACCGUCUGCCGGGGGAUAAGGAUGAGACACUCCCCGUGAUUGACCGAGUCUACCAAAGCAUUGGAGGUCCGGACAUGGAUGCCAAGUCGCUUGCCCUACUGAAGAAGCAAAUGGCGAAGGAGGCCAAAAAGAAAGUGGGGCCUCCUUCACAGAAGGCCGUUGACGAGUUCUUCCAGAAGCCGGGGGCUUCUAAGGACAAAGACGCUGAGGGCCCUUCAAAGGGUGACGCCGAUGCCCAGGUGGGGGCUGGGGGCUCUAAGAUCGAGGAGUUGAAGCGAAAGAAUACCGGGAAGGGCGUCAUGCCUCCGGAGAAAAAGAAGAAGAAGGGUGGUGAGGGGAGAAAGGAGGCCCCCAUCCUGAUAGCCGAGGACCAGCCCUCUUCACAUCCCCCGGCUAAUACGCCCCCUCGUUCUCCCCCCUCUCCUUUUGAUGAGGAGAUUCGGCCGGCGGAGAUCGUCCAGUUCCCUAUCAAGUCGGGGACCUCCGUUUUGCAUGGCACUCUGCACCCCGUCGGGUUCAUGAGGGGGGUAAUGUCCUCGAAGGACAAGUCCGUGCUGGCUCGCUUCGAGGAUGAUAUCCUUGAUUACAAAGUCGCCAGUUAUACUACCAUGGCUGCCUUGGCUGCCUCCGAGCAGGUCCGGAGGGUGGAGCAGCUUAGGAUAGCAAAGGGCCAGGCAGACGAGGCCCUGAAGAAAUCUGAUGAGGAGAUCUCCGCCCUCAGGAAGCGGCUUGCUGACGCCGAGGAGGCCCUUCGGCUGGAGAAGGAGGGCGUGGAACAAAGGCUAAGAGAUGCCGAGGCCAAAGGCAAGGCCAGUGCUGAGGAAGCUGCCGCCGAAGCCGCUAAGGCUGCCGCCAUCAAAGCCGAAGAGGCCAGGAAGGAGGCGGCGCUCCAAGCUGAGAGAGAUGCAGUGUCUGCCUUCGUCGCCGGGGGAUGGCAAGCCGAGGAGCGGAAGCCUUGGGUGGAUUCCGUUGUGGAGGCUUCGGUUGAUGCGUGGGUUAGGGGGCCCGGUGCAAUGUGGCUUGCCCGGAAAGGCAAAGAGUACUAUGAUGGUGGCGAGUUCUUCACGCAAUGGCUUGUCUAUCGGAGGCUCGCUAGGCACCUUGGCGUUGACCCUAAGGAGUUUGACCCCUCGACUCAUGGCCUGCCCCCCCUUCAGCCGGAUACAAGGGUUCCAUUGCCCCCGGGCGUGGAGCGGCCUGAUCUCGAGGACUCCGAAUUGAUGAAGGAGGCUGGGGAUGAUGAAGAUGCUGAAGACGAUGCCGUUUCCAAACGGGAGGGUGAUGUGGCUCAAGAAGUCCAACCUUGAAUAUAUAUCUUCCUAAGCUAAAACUUGUAAUAGUUGAUAGGCCUCGGCUUCGGCCACAUUUGUAAACAAACAUCCUUUUGUACUUUGACAAUUUUCUCCGUUGAAUGUAUGAUAUGCC